CCGAGCUGGGCCAUGAGUACAACUCUAAGACAAACGGGAGAACAGAUAUUAGAGAGUUUUGCCUAAGGCUGAUGAUCUGUGGGAGAAAAUAAAGGGGGAAAGAUUUUCCAGCAGUAUCCACUUCCAAAGGAUAUAAAAGGCAAGUCCAAGUGGGUUUGCUGCCCUCGAAGGAGCACAGAGCCACGGAGCCUUCACCUGAAUGAUGGCUAACAAGAAGCCCUUCACCAGUGCCAUCAUUGGGACACUGGUGGCACUCUCCAUCAUCGCCCUUGUUCUCAGCCUGGUGAAGGUUGAAGAUGUGACACUGCCACCCACGGUCAAGUAUGGGAUGGUGUUUGACGCGGGCUCGUCCCACACCUCUCUGUUUGUCUACGAGUGGGAUUCAGACAAGGAGAAUGACACUGGUGUGGUCAGCCAGACCUUGUCCUGUGAUGUCCAGGGGCCCGGCAUAUCAAGCUAUGCCUACGAUCCCCCUAGAGCCGGUGAUUCCCUAAGGGAAUGCCUGGAUAAAGCCCUGAAGGUUGUUCCUGCUGCGAAACAGAGGGAUGUCCCAGCUUAUCUCGGAGCAACAGCUGGCAUGAGGCUACUGAGGGAACAGAACAGUUCAGUAGCAGAUCAAGUCCUGGCCGAAGUCACUAAAACCAUGCAAGAGUACCCUGUGGAUUUCAAAGGGGCCCGAAUCCUUACGGGAGAGGAGGAGGGGGCUUAUGGCUGGAUCACCAUCAACUACCUGCUGGACUCCUUCACUAAGUUCUCUCCCAAAGCACACACGUGGCUCCGUCCAGAGGUGGCCAACAUUUUUGGGGCACUGGAUCUUGGAGGAGCAUCCACUCAAAUCAGCUUUAUGCCCGAAGGUUCAGUGCUAAACCAGAAUGAAGCUUCCAAGUUCACCCUGUAUGGGUACAACUACAACAUCUACACCCACAGCUACCUCUGCUACGGGCAGAACGAGAUGCUGAAGCGGCUGGCAAAGGAAUUAAUUGUGGCAUCGGCCCCCAGCACACGGGUCUAUCACCCCUGCUACCCAAAGGGCUACAAUGAAACGGUCCGUCUGUCUGCCUUCCGCGCCAGCCCCUGCACCGACUGGAGCGACGCCCGCCUGCCUGUCGGUGACAGCACGGUGACCCUGGAGGGCAGGGGCAAUGCCAGCGGGUGCCUGGCAGCCGUCAGGGAGCUGUUCAACUUCUCGGCGUGCGGGCAGAGCCGGGACUGCACCUUCGACGGCGUCUACCAGCCCCCGCUCCGAGGGCAGUUCAUUGCCUUCUCUGCCUUUUACUACAACUUCAAGUUCCUCAACCUGACGGAGGGGCAGCCGCUGGCCACAGCCAGGGAGGUCAUCGAGCAGCUCUGCACAAGGAGCUGGGAAGAUCUAUCUUCCAGCUACCCUAAAGAGGAUCCCAAGCGACUGCCUAAAUACUGUGCCAAUGCCAACUACAUCCUCACACUCCUCCUCGACUUCUACAAGUUCAAUGAGACCAGCUGGAAAAACAUCUUCUUCCAGAUGAAGGCAGGGAGUGCUGACGUUGGCUGGACACUGGGGUACAUGCUGAACCUCACCAACAUGAUCCCGGCGGAGGCUCCAACCAGGGUGAAGGGGCACAUGCCUUCUCUGUGGGCUGCAGCCACCACCUUCAUCAUCCUCAUCCUUGUCUUGGGGCUCACUGCCCUGCUGCUACUCCUGUGGGUGUAGAAGCCCAGCUGUGCUUCGGAGCCCAGGAGGUAUAAAUUGUGCUGGGGUCCCUGUGCUCCUGCCUACAGGACUGGCACCAAAGAACUGGGGUCUGGCCUCCCAUGGGACUGGCCCCCAACAUGCAGACAGGCACUAUGUGAGGUUUCCAGAGGAGCUCUGCUCCCGUGGACACCUGAUGGGACCAGCCUACAGAAGCCUCAGCCAUGCCUGUCUGCCUUCUCACAUUGCUGCCUGUUACAGAUACAGCUCCAUCCCCCUGGAAUAUGGGCCCAUGAGAGCCAGCCUGGCUCUGGAAGAGCUCCCCAGUGUCAGACUGUUGGUGCUCGGCUGCAGGCACCUGGUGUUGGGGUGCUCCGAGCCAUUCUGGGUAUGACCUUGGUCAUACCGGCAUGGCACUUGUCUCCAGGUGUGCAGGCAUGCAGGGCUCUGCAGGACCCCAUCUGCUCAGGGUCUGUCACUUGGGCUUAUGUGGAGAUGGUCUUGGAGAGAAAAGGAAAACUGAGCAUCCAAAGUCAGAAGCUUGGUCUGUGCCCCUCCAGAGGGUCCAUCUCAUCUCGUCGUCAUGUCAUGUCAUGUCAUCAUAUCUCACCAUCUCAUCUCAUCAUCUUCCUUUGUGUGGGAUAAAGGGAUUGAUGUUCCUGAGUGCCUUAGUGGAGGCAACACUGUCCCACCAGCAGAAGGCCUGGGCUCUGUGAGUGUCAGGCUGAGACUCCAGCAGGCUGUGGGUCCUGACCUGCACAUGGCUCAGCUGGGCCCUGCCCACGGCUGUGUCCUAGUUAGAACAGCUGGGACCAGUUCAUCACUGUGUGGGUGUUACACAAACUGUGUAUUCUACACCCUCCAUGCCAUUUCCCAGGAACUGUUAACAAUAGACCAUCUGCAGCAGCUGCCCAGAGCACACCUGACUCCUCAGGCUGUAGUUCUGGGUGAUGUUAACUCCCCUCCAGGGAGUCAUUAGCACCUCCACACCCAGCCUGAGGGGUCAUGUCUGCUAAUGGGCCACCAAGGAUUCCAAAAGUAUCUCACCCAUUGUGGAACUCCCCGCCCUGGGGGAGGUACUGGGCAUUCCUGCCUGAACCUGAGGGUAUAUAAUCUUGGGGUCUUGGGACUUCUGGUACUAUUUGUUGGAUCCAAAGGAGGACCAGAACCUUGACCGGACUGCGAGCACCACUUUCAACCAGACUGAGAUCACCUCUCUCGACCAGACUGCACCAGCACUCUCACCAACAGGUUUUUCCCUCUCCUUUUACUUUGGACUCAGGGGGGGCCCAAUGAACACCAUUCUGUUCAUGCCCCAGGGUGCUGGAUUACACAUCUGGGUUUUGUGGGUUAAACCAAUUGUUCGUCUGUAUAAUUGUAUUUAUUGUAUUAUUUUUAUUUGUUAUUCUGAUUUAUAAUCUCUUUUGAGUUGGGUUCAUUUCUCCUGCUGAUUUACCUUUAAACCAGCAUUCUGUGCCCCUGCCUUUGCCUUUGGUUCUGCUUGUUUUUAUCUGCCCCGUGGAUGACUCAUGUUGUUGUUUGCAUUCCCAUAGCAAGGCGCUGACCUUUGGUGUCCCUGUGGAGUGUCGGACACCUCACAGCUCUUGUGACCCACAUAAAGAUCAUAAAAGGCAGCACAUGGGAAAAUGUC